UCAUUUAAGUGGCUGUGGAGCAGUAAGACAGAGAGGAGAGAAAGAGAGCUGAGAAGAGACAGGCUCUCCACACCCAAAUCUCUGGAAAAUUCCUCAUUUUGCAGAGCUAACACACAUCGAGGAAGACUCGGGAAGAAGAAAAGGGAAUGCUGGAUUGUGUAUUUCCGGAGAUUCAGACGAGAUAACCUUGGAAUGUGGGGUAGGAGGCUACUGCAUCUCUAACACUGUGCACUGGGAGGACAUAAACGAGUGCUUUACCACCACAGAAGAAGACCAGCUGUUUCCUCUUACAGAGCAUCUAUUCCUUCCUUCUCUUCUGCCACCCUGGGGAAGGCAACGCUCCUCCGUUCUCCCCCUUCCUCUUCAUCGGCACCGCCGCCGCCUUCGCAACGCCUGAAGAUAGUGUCCGCGUCCCGCUGCGCCCUGACCUCAGGUAUCAGGUGGAGAAGGUUCCGCCUCCCUGGGUCCCCCAUCAUGCACAUCAAGACCACCAAGUGUAACCGCUUCUGCCUGGUCGCCUCGGUGAGCAACCAGGAAGUGUUCAGCCGUCCCGAGGCACAGGGCAGCUUUGAGGCCUUGUUCCGUUCCUUCGAGCCGGAGGUGCAGUUCCAGUACUUCAAAUCUUUCCGCAGAGUGAGGAUCAGCUUCAGCGAUGCUCUGGCUGCAGCCGAGGCCAGACUGCAACUCCACAAGACCGACUUCAAGGGCAAAGAGAUGAGACUUUACUUCGCUCAGUCUGUCCACAUAGGCAGUCCUCGGCUGAUGCCCCCCAAGCCGGAUAAGCAGUUCCUGAUCUCGCCCCCCGCCUCCCCCCCGGUGGGCUGGGAGCAGUCUAAGGAUGCCAUGCCCGUCGUCAACUACGACCUGCUUUGUGCCAUCUCCAAGCUGGGACCAGGGGACAAGUACGAGCUCCACACCGCCACCCCCACCACCCCCAGUGUCGUCAUCCACGUCUGCGAUGACGAGCGAGGCGACAGCUCCGCCCCCGACGACAGUGACCAAGACGACAAACCCCGCCCCCUGCGGCCGAAGAUCAUCCAGACACGGCGCCCCGACUUCACGCCCGGAGUGGAGCAGUGAGAAGAGACAUUUCAUCAUGAAGCGAUCGGUGGAGAGCGGAACACGCUCUGAGCUUUGAGAAAGGGUUCGGGACCCGAGGGUGCCGCCAUGUCCCGUAGACGAGCAUUUCAUAAGACGGACAGGAAACUUAGUGUCCAUUGCUGCGUUCACGUCCCGUGAGAAAGACGGGAGAUAUGAACUUCCUAGUGGAAAACACUGCUCACUUUAGCCAUCGGGUCAUCUGUACUGCUUGUGAGGAGUAAAGAUGGAACUAAAGGAAAUAUUAGUGUUGAACUGUAGGAACAAAUGUAUAACCAUGUUUUGAUCGUAGUGCAAUGGAGGGAGAUUUUUCGGUGAUGUUUUGCAAAAAGACCUGAAAUGUACCAUGACUUAUUUUGUGUGUUUGUGAGAUUAAGCUGGCCAGGUUAAAAAAAAGUGUGUACAAGACCUUCACAGGGAUGUGGAUGUUGGUUAUUCCCCCAUAACAUGAAUGCGGCAUCAUUCUGGUAGGUCAUGUUUGUAUUUUUUUUAUUGUGUAUAAUUUAUCACAUUAUCUUUAGUUAUUGUCAAUGGCUACAGCUACUUAUUAAUCAAUGUUGGUGUCAUAUUUUCCUCUCCAGGAUCUUUAUUCAGGCUGAUUUGUGAAGCUGUCUCGCAUUACAGCGGCAGCUGCAUUCAUCUUCAUUUACAUUAUUGAUUUACAAUUAAAAAAUGUUUCAAGUUCA